AAAGUUUUUUUUUCGAUGAAUAUUUUGUUUCAUCAUCUGCGUCAAUGAUCAUCAUCAACAUUAUACAAGCAAUAUAUCAUUGGCGAUUUAGUCAACAUUGUCCGCUAGUUUUUUUUAAGGUGGUUGUAGCUAAGAGGAAAUUUUGUCAUUUUUUUUACAGAACAAAUAAUUAGUCUUUAGUUUGUUUGUUUGUUUGUUUUUUUUUUGAUAAAACUUUUUGACAAUAAUAAUUAUAUCAUCAUUGAAAAUGCGAAGAAAAUCGGAAAGAAUCAUACGAUUCUGUGUGGUUUGUGGAGACAAAGCAAAAGGAAUGAAUUUUAACGCUUUAACUUGUCAAUCAUGUAAAGCUUUUUUUCGACGAAACGCAUUAUCCAAUAAAGAAUUGAAAUGUUCAUUCGAAAAUCAUUGCCAAAUUGAUAAAGUUACAAGAAAAUUCUGUUCAAGUUGUCGUUUACGAAAAUGUUUCAAUAGUGGAAUGAAAAAAGAAUACAUCUUGACGGAUGAAGAAAAACGUUUGGUACGUGAGAAAAUCAUACAGAAUCGUCAUCGCCGUGAACAACAAUUGAAAGGAAUUACCGAUAAUAAUAAUAGUAAUUAUCAUCAUCAUUCACUUGGAUCAUCCACCAUACCAAUCCUAUCGCCAUUCAAUAAUGAUGAUGAUAAUACUAAUAAUGUAAUGAAUGCUACUGUAACAUCAUCAAUAUUGAAACCUUAUCCAUACAAUACAUUAGAUCGGGAACCGGCCAAUCCAUUUUAUACAUCGGCUGCAAAACGAUUUUCUCCCGUCAAUAGUGAACAUACCAGUGAUGUCUAUAUGAUGAGUCCUUGUAGUUCAACAUCAAUUUUUUCUGAACAAGAACCAUCAAUGUAUAUCAAUCAUCACCAUGAUACAAUCCAUGGAAAUAUCCAUUUUGAUUCUCGUGAUUUAGAUGAAAGUAUGAAAAAUUUACAAUCAUUAAACAUACAGCAAACACCAUAUAAAACCGGUCCAGGAAAUGUUAUAAAUCUUGAUGUUAACUAUCAACAACAAUCAACGAUGAAUUUUGGUGCUGAAAAAAUAGAUGAUACAAGAAGGACGGAAAAUCGUUCUAUCGAACCGAAACGUCCAGAAAUGAAUGAAGAGAAUUGUGAUGAUUAUCUACGAUAUUAUCUACAAAAACCGAAUAAUUCAGAUGAUGAAUUCAUGAUAGAAGCUAUGAAUGAAUUUCAUGAGAGAAUCGCUAUGAACAUUUUUUUCACGUGCGAUUUCAAAAUGAUAUUUUCGGCAAAUGAUAGGCUACUUUUGAAAGAAUUAUGUACCGCAUGUACAUGGUUACAUAAUCCUUAUAAACGAAUGUUGAUCAUACGCAAUCAACAUUAUCUAGAUGAUUCACCACAUGAUUGUACAUUGGUCGAUUCAUAUUUGUAUCGAAUAAUUAGGAUGUCAAAACGAUUGACAUCAUUCACAUCAUUACAUCUGGAUGAUCAAGUUCAACUGUUGACAUUCGGUAUGAUCGAAAUAAUUGCUCUCUAUUCGAUGCUAUGUUUUGAUCCGGAAUUUCAGGGAUGGUCAUUUAUUGAUGAUCAUCAUAAAAUGACAAUCAAAGUGAAUAUAGAUUGUAUAACACCUUGUUGUAUUAAAUAUGAUUAUAAAACAAGUGUUAAAAAUUUUUAUAACAUAUUCAGUCAUGAAUGGAAAACUGAUUAUACCAUAUUCCAUCUGCUCACGGCAAUCAUUUUGUUUACCGAAAGACCGGGCUUACGAGAUUCGGCCAAGAUACGGGAAAGAAAAAGUCUAUAUACUCAAUUAUUGAAAAAUUAUCUAAAUUUAAAAUAUACGGAAAAUACUGAUGCAAAAUGGGCUUUUGAUCGUAUGUUUUUGACGGUAAAAGCAAUGCAAUUGGUACAAACCGAUUUAACAUUACAUUUGGUUGCCAGUACAGCUGGCAAAAAAUUUAGUCCACUAUUGGGUCAAUUGAUGGCCCAACAUUUAACCCAACAACAAUGGCAAGAAGAUGAUAAAAAACCUGAUUGCAAUAUCAAUCGUCUAUCAAAUCGAUCACGAAUCAUAUCGCUCAACAAAUCAGCAACUACAACACAUUCAGAUUCAAAUCAAAAAACAUUUCGAACGGUGGAACAUGAUAAUUUUUGUUUCUCAUAAAAUUCAAUUUAU